GACCAGGACCCGAGAUGGACAUUGGCGUCAGAGCUGGUCCCUGCUCUUCACUGCCACGUACAGUCCCCGGGACACGGAGGAGUUGGGACCCAUGGCAGGACCUGUGGCCCCCAUGGUGUGGGGCACCGUGCACGCUGGUCACGCCUCCAGGUCCUGGCACCAGGCUCAAGGCAUCAUGUGGCUCUUCCUCCUGUUCCUGCUGCCUGUCUGUGACUCUGCCACCACCACCAGUCCCGGCACCAACCCUGGCAUCAAGGCCUGGCUGACCCAGAGGACACUGGAGUUCGGCCGGCACUUUGGGCUGGAGCUGCUCCAGUCGAUGUUACAGAAGGAGCAUGAGCUGAACCUGACRGGUUCCUACGACACCCCACUCCUGGGGACCCUCACCUAUGCUGUGCCACGGAUUCACAUCCAUGAGCUGCAGAUGAACGAAUCCACUCUGGACUUUGCCGAGGACGUGGGGGUGAGGCUGACAGUGCAGCGUGCCCGAAUCCAGCUCAGCGCCGACUGGGCAGCCCAACUGGGUGCCAUCAAGGACAGCGGCUCUGUGGAGCUCCGUGUGCGGGACCUGGCGAUGGCGGCGGUGCUGGGGGUGAGCGAGGAUGGUGACGGCCGCCCCACGGUUUGGGACGCCGGCUGUGACACCCACAGCACCAACCUGAACAUGGAGUUUCACCGUGGAUACAGCUGGCUCUACAACCUGCUGGCACCGCUGCUCCAGAGAAUCCUGCGGCAGCAGCUGAACAAGCAGCUGUGCCUCGCGCUCCACAGGGGCAUUGACAGGAUGGAUGCUGUCCUGAAGCGCAUGAAAGUGACCACCCAGCUGGACACCUUCGCUGCCAUUGACCUCUCCCUGCUGGGACCACCGGCCUUCACAGAGGACUAUGGGGACAUUGCCCUCAAGGGAGAGAUCUUCAGGGUGAGCACGUACCAGCAGAGACCCUCAGCGCUGCCCGUGGCUCUGCCUGUGGCUCUGCCUUUGGCACUGCCCGUGGCUUUGCCCACGCCACUGCCCAGGACACCUCCCAUGGCACACGAGUCCAUGCUGCUGUUUGCCAUCACCGAGUUCCUCGCCAACUCGGCUGCUUUCACGUACUUCACGGCCGGGGCCCUGCGCAGGAACAUCUCCAGUGACAUGCUGCCACGGCAGUUCCCACUCCAGCUGAGGACCAGRAGCAUGGAGAUCUUCUCCCCCAAGCUGCAGGAGCGCUAUCCAGACCAGCCCAUGGAGCUGCAUCUCUGGGCCCGCCAGCAGCCCCUGCUCUCCUGCCAUCCUGAUGCCCUGCACGGGACCCUCUUUGGCUCUGCCGAGGCCUUCGUGGUGCUGCCCAAUGCCACCCGUGUCCCCGUCUUUCUGCUGAACAUCGAUGCCAAUGUGACAGGGAAGCCGACCAUCGCCAGGAACAGGCUCGGGGGCACUGUGAGACUGACAGGGCUCAGCGUGAGAGAGGUGGCGUCAAAUGUGGGCCCAGUGGAGGUGAAGCGUCUGGAGACCGUGCUGAAGUUUGGGCUGUGGCUUUUUGGGGUGCCCCGGGCAAACAAGUGGCUCCGGACUGGCAUCCCCCUGCCGCUCCCACAUGGCCUCAGCCUGAUCAAACCCCRGCUCUCGCUGCAGCAGGGCUUCGUGUUCAUUGCCACGGAUCUGCAGUACGAGCCAUGAGACCACCGGCCUCGUGGGAACCCUCCAGCYCCUCUGCCAGCCGUGCCCCCAUUGCCAUCCCGAUGCCAUCGUGACCUCGAGGGUGGCAGAGCCUCCCCCGCAGGACCCACAGACCCCCCSAUCCUCGGCAGGGAUUAAAGGGGGAGCGUGGGUCA